UAAAUGUUAAAAGAAAAGGAAAGGAAAAAAAGAAAUUUAAAGACGGAAAUGAAUUCUGGAAAUAGAAUUGAUGAGGUUUUGGUCUGUAUAAAAAUGGAUGAGCUAUUAUGAUCACCACGUCAUUGACAGCCUUACUCUCACAUGGAUUUUCCAAUCUUUUGCAGUCUUUUUUUUAGUAGUUAUAGCAUCUCCCAAUCAUGGAGUUUGAGAUAAAAUUUUAAUAUCUUCCCAGUUGCAUGCAUAUAUAUACCCCACCCUGAAACCUUGUUUUCUCACACAACCCCCUCUCAAAAAGUUCUUCCUUGCAACUUUCUUUUCUUUCAUUCUUUAGCUGAAACAUGGCAAUUGGCCAGUGCAAAGAUGUUGAACAAGGCGAAAUUAAUAGCCUUGAAGACCUGGAAAGGCCAUUGAUCCAUGAAGAGAAGAUGGUUUCUUAUGAAACUGAUGAUGGGAAUGAUCAGGAGAAUGGAUCCAUUGGAAUGGUUCUGCUUAGCACAUUUGUUGCUGUUUGUGGUUCUUUUGGAUUUGGUUCUUGUGUGGGCUAUUCAGCACCCACUCAAUCCGCAAUCAUGGAAGAUCUUGAUCUCACAACAGCCCAGUACUCCAUGUUUGGCUCUAUACUAACAAUUGGUGCAAUGCUUGGUGCUAUUACAAGUGGCCGGAUUGCAGACUUCAUUGGUCGAAAAGGGGCGAUGAGAAUGUCGGCUGUAUUCUGCAUUACAGGGUGGCUAGCUGUGUUCUUCUCUAAAGGAUAUUUGUCGCUUGACAUGGGAAGAUUUUUCACUGGUUAUGGCAUUGGAGUUUUCUCCUUCGUGGUCCCAAUAUUCAUAGCAGAAAUAGCUCCAAAGAAUCUUCGUGGAGGGCUUACCACAUUGAAUCAGCUCAUGAUCGUUACUGGGUCAUCAAUUGCAUUCUUGUUAGGAAGCGUCAUAACAUGGAGAGCACUAGCUUUGACUGGCCUUAUUCCAUGCAUUUUCCUGCUCGUUGGUCUGUUCUUUGUUCCGGAGUCUCCCAGAUGGCUGGCAAAAGUUGGCCGAGAAGGAGAAUUCCAGGCUGCACUGCAGAAACUCCGUGGCAAAGAUACUGAUGUUACCCGCGAAGCCGAAGAAAUCCAAGUUUAUAUCCAAACUCUUCAAUCCCUUCCUAAAGCCAGCAUUCUUGAUUUAUUUCAAAGACAAUACAUUCGCUGUGUAUUUAUUGGAAUAGCAAUAAUGGUAUUCCAGCAAUUUGGAGGAAUCAAUGGCAUUGGAUUUUAUGUUAGUCAAACCUUCGUAUCUGCUGGACUUUCUUCCGGAACAAUUGGAACCAUAGCUUAUGCUUGUGUUCAGGUUCCAAUAACACUAGUGGGAGCACUGUUAAUGGACAAAUCAGGAAGAAGACCACUGAUAAUGGUUUCUGCAGCUGGGACAUUCCUAGGCUGCUUCCUAGUAGGAAUUUCUUUCUUUCUUAAGGCACACAGUUUGUUGCUCGGAUGGGUACCUAUAAUGGCUGUUUCAGGAGUGCUGAUAUAUAUAUCAGCAUUCUCAAUUGGGAUGGGAGCAGUUCCAUGGGUGAUCAUGUCUGAGAUCUUCCCAAUAAAUAUAAAGGGAGUUGGAGGGAGCUUGGUGGUGCUGGUGAACUGGUUAGGUGCCUGGAUAGUUUCUUACACUUUCAACUUUCUCGUGAGCUGGAGUUCCUCAGGCACAUUCUUUCUGUACUCUGGAGUCUCAUUGACAACUAUUCUAUUUGUGGCCAAGUUUGUGCCAGAAACCAAAGGAAAAACACUAGAAGAAAUUCAAGAAUCUAUCAAUUCAUAGAAAGGAAGAAGGUUGAAAUCUAUUGGAAGUUGACUGGAAAUUUUUUUGAAGACCUUAAAAAUUUUGAUGGCACAGCAGCAAAAGGUCCAAUCUCAAUACAGCAAGAAGUUCCAGUUGGACACCCUGCAUAUUGCAACAAAGUCCAUCAAAAUUUUUUAUGUUAGACAGAAAGAGACCAUGUAGGACCAGGGUCUUCGUGUUGUAACUACCAUAUAAAAGUAUUAGUGCUUGUGGUUUGCAUUCAUGUAGGAGAGAGAAGUAAUGAAAGUAACCUGUAGCCAAUCAAUGAAGAAGAAUUUUCAUGCUUGCUCUUGCUAUAUAUGCAAGCUUAAUUUCAAAUUUCAGCUCGCUAAUAUGACAGACAAGUUUCUUAUCA